AUGGGGGGCGUCGACAUGAGCCGCGACUACUACGCGGACCUGGAAAUACCAGCGAGCUCCGACGUAAACGAGAUCAAGAAGCAAUUUCGAAAACUCGCUCUCAAGUACCACCCCGACCGCAACCCGGGCAGAGAAGCCGAGGUCAACUCAAAGUUUCAGAUGAUCCAAUCCGCCCACGAAGUCCUGACCGACCCCGACCAAAGAGCCAAGUACGAUGCCGGCAGAACGCGAUCAAGAUACCCUACAGCUUCUGGGGUGAGGGGCAACCCGUGGCAGAACGCUGGUUCCAAUUUCCCUCCUCCGCCCCGUCGUAACGCGACUGCUCGCAACCCCGCGCCCGCGCCGUCUUCCGGGGCAAACAGAUACCGCAACUUUGCCUCAGGUGCCGCUCCCACUGCCAAGGCUCACCAACAGAGCGACCCCGAAGCAAAGCGAAACGCCUGGCAUGCCUUCGAGAACAUGCGAGGCAAAGCCAGCCAGUCCCAACCGAAGCCUAAGAACGAGCCACCUGAACCUCCCAAGAGACCUGUGCCGAGAACACCUUCUCAGAGGCAGAGAGCGGAGGCGGCCUUCGGAGCACGCAAGGGUGGUUAUGUGCCUAACUCGCCUGUUCCUGGUGAUGAGCCGCCGGUGAAUGCCUCGAAUUACUCAACCACGAGCCGCCACUCCAACAUCUUCGCCGAUAACGCCCGCAGACAAGGCGUGCCCGAUCCUCUGGCCCAGUUUCGCGAGGGUUACACAGAUACUCGGCAGAGCACACCGUAUUCCUCUCACAGCGGCGAGAAGACGAAUCCAUUUGAUGGAGUUCCUAUUGGAAGAGCCAAGAGUACUCGCGAACGCGAUAGUCCUCGGCAGCCUCAAGAAGGCUUUGGGCCCAAUCUCUCACCCGGAAGUGCUCGCCAACGUGCUCAGAGUGUUCCGCGCCAGGCUAGGACUGAACCCUCAAGCCCUCGAACAUCCACGCCUCAAGACGAUAGACCCAACACGGCGAGCGCCACCGCAGCGAACUCACCGAAGGAUCCGUUCAGGUCCAAGGCCAGCGCGAGAUAUACACCUCCAAAUGCGGCUUCUGGCUUCAAUCAAGCAGAUGCUCAAGCCAAACCAGCAGCAUCAACUGAGGGGAAUGGAAACGCCCAGACAACGGGAACGCCCAGAACAUCUUCAAUGUACGGCAACGUUUUUUCUUCAGCGUCUUCCGCUUCGUUUCUUAAGCCGAACUUUACGUUCGGCAACCAUCCAUCACCUGUAAUUUGGGAGAAGCCGACAACGCAGCUCCAAGAACACAUGAGCGAUGUAUCAUCAUCUGCCUCCUCAUCUCCCAGUGGAGACAGCUCAAGAAGUCACUCUCUCACGCCUUUUGAGCGCAAGCAAGGCGAACUUCUAAGCCGACUUGUUAAGAGACAAGCUCCGGACCUGACGCCGCUUGGUCGCGAGAAGCGCAAAACUACUAUCCCAAACCAUGAUCAUAGCCCAGUACAUCAAGCUGACAGCAACACUUGCGAUAGCUUCAACUUCCCCAUCGAAGACGAUACAUUUACCCGCACCGAGCCGCGACAACCCACAUUCAGCCGGAGAAGCACCGAUGAUAUUAACACUAGCUUUGUGAACGGUGAUGGUUCCGAAGCCUAUCAGUUUAGCGCGGGGAGUCCUGUCCAGGAUGCAAAGGGACGUUCUCAGUCCGGAAGCCGUGUAGGCCGUCGGUCGCCGAUCAAGCGCCCGACCUUACGACACCAGAAGGACUUUUCUGGCCAAGCUGCCGGAUCGCCCUCUGCAGAAGGUAAAUUCGAUGCUCAAGACUGGACUCAACAGAUCGGAGCACAGAACUUUGCGCCCUCUGUUUCUACAUCCCCCACCCGUGCUACCCGAUCCAACUCUCGCAAGACAAGGGUAAAGCCAACAGCAGGCAGUACAGGCUUGGUGAACGAUUACUACGACAGUGACGAGGAUGGUGACUGGCGAGGCCGCAAGACUACCGCCGAGCCUGUCGGUGCAAAGAGCCCGAACGCCAUGGAUAUUGAUCCCCCGCAAACAGGAGCCGCACAAACUGCUGCGCAAGCAACUAUGCCACGGAACAUUCCAGUGGAGCCUUCUCGUCCAGAGUGGAGGCCCGGCAAUGUGAAUGGCGUUACGGAAACCCCUAAGCCUGCUAUACAGAAGCCUGAGUUCAAUCCCAACGCCGCCGGUUCUGAGGACAGCGAUGAGUUUAGGGCAAGCUUCGCUGAGCUCAAGAACGUGGCCCCAUUCGCACAGAACCCAUCCGGCCUUGGGUCUUUGGGCGACCUGAAGAUGAAUCUCCCCUUUGAGAGCCAGCCGUCAACCAGGAUUCCCAUCGAAAAGGAGAAGGAGAAGCCGGCACUCAAUUUUCCAGCCGUUCCUGUGGCACCUCGGCCUCCGCCCACUUUCGCGGUAGGCCUCAAGCCAACUGGUGGUGCUUGGCAGAAGUAUGUUCAGGAAUUCCAAGGCUACGUCCUGAGAUGGGAGGGCUUCAAUGCCCGAGUAAUCGAUCAUUUCAACGCCCGAAAGACGGAAGUCGCCGACCUCCGAUCUCGCAAGGGAUACGACUUUUUGGCUGUUCGCAGUGACAACGAACUGCAAGAGUACCUCGACUGGAUGCAGCAGGACAAGGAGGUGCGGAGAAAGUGGGCGCUGGCGUGCGAAGAUCAUGAGGCUCGUAUUCGAGAGUUUAUGGUGUACAAGGCUAAGAUGAAAUGA